GCUUCAUACUCUCUAUUCGGGAGGUUGUUAAAGCGUGGUACCGUGUCCCAAUUGGGACAGAAAUCCAUUGGCUAAAAGAAGAAGGAGAGAGGUUGUCGCCGAAUAUACGUUCCAGCUCCGGCAGUCUUAUUUUAAUCGAUCAUGAUUUUGAACGCUGUAUCAAAGGCAGCUGCUGGCGUUUUAAGAAUCGCUAAACCUUCCCUCUUCCAAAAUGAAGUGGGAAAAAUAUCGGGCGUUUUCGCCAUCGACAGGAGAGAUUAUGCAGCCAAAGCUGCAACUGCGCCCAAAGGUGGUGCACAAGGAAAGGUAGUUGCUGUCAUUGGUGCUGUUGUUGAUGUACAAUUUGAAGACGCUCUCCCACCUAUUCUUAAUGCCUUGGAAGUUCAGAAUCGUACACCCAGGCUAGUACUAGAAGUUGCCCAGCAUCUUGGAGAAAACACAGUGCGCACUAUUGCUAUGGAUGGUACAGAAGGCUUGGUACGUGGUCAAAAUGUGUUGGAUUCUGGAUAUCCUAUUCGUAUUCCUGUGGGAGCUGAGACUUUGGGCCGCAUCAUCAAUGUCAUUGGUGAACCUAUUGACGAGCGCGGACCUAUUCCCACGGACAAGCUGGCUCCUAUUCAUGCAGACGCUCCCGAGUUUGUAGACAUGUCCGUUGAACAAGAAAUUCUAGUCACGGGCAUCAAGGUAGUGGACUUGCUGGCUCCCUAUGCCAAGGGUGGAAAGAUUGGCUUAUUUGGUGGUGCUGGAGUCGGCAAAACUGUACUCAUCAUGGAACUGAUUAACAAUGUGGCUAAGGCUCACGGCGGUUAUUCAGUGUUUGCUGGCGUAGGUGAAAGAACGCGCGAGGGUAACGAUCUUUAUCACGAAAUGAUCGAAUCUGGCGUCAUUUCUCUCAAGGAUAAAACCUCCAAAGUAGCGUUAGUAUAUGGACAGAUGAACGAACCGCCUGGCGCCCGCGCACGUGUUGCUCUCACUGGACUUACUGUUGCUGAAUAUUUUCGUGAUCAAGAAGGUCAGGAUGUACUGUUAUUUAUUGACAACAUCUUCAGGUUUACUCAGGCUGGUUCCGAGGUAUCCGCUUUGUUGGGUCGUAUACCAUCCGCUGUGGGUUAUCAGCCUACAUUGGCCACUGACAUGGGUACUAUGCAAGAACGUAUCACUACGACAAAGAAGGGAUCCAUCACCUCUGUUCAAGCUAUUUAUGUGCCUGCUGAUGAUUUGACGGAUCCCGCUCCAGCUACUACCUUUGCUCAUUUGGAUGCUACAACCGUAUUGUCACGCGCCAUUGCUGAAUUAGGUAUUUACCCGGCUGUGGAUCCUCUCGACUCCACGUCUCGUAUUAUGGACCCCAAUAUUAUCGGCACGGAACAUUAUAAUAUUGCCCGUGGUGUACAGAAAAUCCUCCAAGAUUAUAAAUCGCUACAGGAUAUUAUUGCAAUCUUGGGUAUGGACGAAUUAUCAGAGGAAGACAAGUUGACGGUUGCACGUGCGCGUAAAAUUCAAAGGUUCUUGUCUCAGCCAUUCCAGGUCGCAGAGGUGUUCACCGGUCACGCCGGUAAACUAGUACCAUUACAAGAAACCAUCAAGGGAUUCCAAAAGAUUUUGGCCGGAGAAUUGGAUCACUUACCAGAAGUAGCGUUCUACAUGGUUGGUCCGAUUGAAGAAGUAGUAGCAAAAGCAGAAUCGUUGGCCAAACAAUAAACUAACUUAGUCAUUUCAUAAAAGCAUUAUUAAAAUUGUAUGCAAUCAUCAUUCGUUUGCGAAAGCAACCUUUUAGUGAAAUAUAUACAUUUUCUUAUAAUUAUUUUUAUUAUAUCACAGUUUUUUAAAUGAAAUCUAAAUAAACAGAUACUAAAAGUAUUUGAAUAAAACAAAUAUAAAAGGAAAAAAACAAAAAUAUGACUUCCCUACUACAAUAUACAUAUAACAUGAAUUUAUAUUAAAGUUUAUCGUACAAACUUGAAAGGUUGCUUUAUAUUUUACCUUUUUUCGUUACAAAAGCGAUCAUUAAAAUUUAUAAGAAAAUCACGUGUUCAAUCAGAAUAUAUUGAUAUAUGCUACUUCUGAAUUUUUUUUCAUAGAUCUAAUUGAUGUGAUCGUGUUAUUGCUAAUUAACAUACACCGCAGAAUCAUGAUGUACAUGUUAGUAAAUAUUAAUAAAAAUUUUAUAAAAACAA